GUUUCAGUUUCAACAUUUUUUCCAAUUCAAAACGAAAAGUUUGCAGCAUCUUAACGAGAUUUUUAAAAAAAGAAAUUAAGUUUAAUAGCUCACUUCACUCUGUUUUUAAUCUUUGGCCGUAUUGAUAAGAGAAUUUAUUAAAUAAAAUUGGUAUUACGCAAUGAAUUUCACUGGUAAAGUUGUUUUAGUAACCGGUGCAUCAUCUGGCAUCGGUGCACGUACUGCUCAAAAGUUUUCAAAGCUUGGUGCAAGUUUAAGCUUGACUGGAAGAAAAUUGGAAAAUCUCCAAAAAAUUGCAGAUGAAUGUGAAGGUCAAAAGCCAUUGAUUGUUUCCGGUGAUAUAAGUAAACCGGAAGAUACAAAAAGAAUUGUUGAAGAGACAAUCAAGAAAUACGGAAAGCUCGAUGUACUUGUUAACAAUGCCGGAAUUAUUGAAACAGGAACGAUUGAAAAUACCAGCUUGGAACAAUAUGAUCGUGUGAUGAACACAAAUAUUCGUUCGAUUUAUCAUCUCACUAUGCUUGCUGUUCCUUAUUUAAUUAAAACAGAAGGAAGUGUUGUAAAUGUUUCAAGUGUCAAUGGCAUUCGUUCGUUCCCAGGUGUUCUCGCUUACAAUCUUUCUAAAGCUGCAGUUGACCAAUUCACUAGAUGUGUGGCACUUGAAUUAGCUUCUAAAAAUGUUCGUGUAAAUUCUGUCAAUCCUGGUGUAACUGUAACAAAUCUUCAUAAGCGUGGUGGAAUGGAUGAAGCAGCGUACGCUAAAUUCCUUGAACACUCCAAAACAACUCAUGCUUUGGGACGUCCUGGCACUGUUGAUGAACUAUCAGAUGCCAUUCUAUUUCUUGCCAGUAGCAACGCGUCAUUUAUUACUGGAGCAUCUUUGCCGGUCGAUGGCGGACGUCACGCUAUGUGCCCACGAUAAACUUUACUUGUUUGUCAGUUUGUUAAAAUGUUAAUUGGCUUUUUAAAAACAACUUUUUAUGUUUAAAAGUUCACAUGGAGUUUGAAAUGUUGUAUCGUAACAUGAGCAUAUCUAUUACUAUAGAAAUGUUCAUUUUUAUAUCUACUAAAUAAAAGAAACAUACAAAAAACUACAUAAAGA